AUGAUACAGUCAGACAAAGGAUCAGAUCUUCCAGAUGAAAAAGACAAGAAGGACGAGAAGUUCUCUACGGGAACCAAUCCGGAGAACGGGAUCUCGCACCUCCUGAGGCUCGUGCUGCAAGAGCUGAACCUGUUCUACACCCGAGACGUGAACGGAGUGUGUCUCUUGUAUGACCUCCUUCACUCCCCGUGGCUGCAGGCUCUGCUCAAGGUUUAUGACAGCCUCCAGGAAUUCAAAGAGAAGAAGCUUGUUCCUGCCACAACCCAUGCACAGGCAUUAUCCUGCGAGGUAGUGAAGAUACUACAUGAAACCCCCAAGUCCCCUGAGAUCCAAGAGCUAAGACAGAUCCUCCAGGCUCCACACUUUAAGGCCUUGCUCAGCGCCCACGACACGGUAGCUCAGAAGGACUUUGAGCCCCUUCUUCCCCCGCUGCCAGACAACAUCCCCGAGAGCGAGGAAGCAAUGAGGAUUGUUUGCUUGGUGAAGAACCAGCAGCCCCUGGGAGCUACCAUCAAACGCCACGAGGUGACAGGGGACAUCCUGGUGGCCAGAGUCAUCCACGGUGGGCUGGCCGAGAGGAGUGGGCUGUUAUACGCCGGAGACAAACUGGUGGAAGUGAAUGGAGUUUCCGUUGAAGGACUGGACCCUGAGCAAGUGAUCCACAUUCUGGCCAUGUCUCGUGGCACAAUCAUGUUCAAGGUGGUUCCAGUUUCUGACCCUCCUGUUAACAGCCAGAAGACGGUGUAUGUUCGUGCCAUGAUCGAGUACUGGCCCCAGGAGGACCCCACCAUCCCUUGCAUGGAUGCUGGGCUGCCUUUCCAGAAGGGGGACAUCCUCCAGAUUGUGGACCAGAAUGAUGCUCUCUGGUGGCAGGCCCGGAAAAUCUCUGACCUGGGUACCUGUGCUGGCUUGAUCCCUUCUAACCAACUUCUGAAGAGGAAGCAACGGGAGUUCUGGUGGUCUCAGCCGUACCAGUCUUACAACCACCUCAGAUCCACCAUCUGUGAGUAUGAUGACAUGAAGAUUGAUGAGAAAUGUGUGGAAGCAGAUGAAGAAACAUUUGAAUCUGAGGAACUUUCAGAAGACAAGGAGGAAUUUGUUGGCUAUGGUCAGAAGUUCUAUAUUGCGGGUUUCCGCCGCAGCAUGCGCCUGUGCCGCCGCAGGGCCCACCGAAGCCAGCUGCGCGCCCAGGGGUGCGGCGCCAGCAGCUGCGCCGGCGCGGUGGGCGCCCCGUACGAGGAGGUGGUGAGGUACCAGCGACGCCCCGGCGACAGGCACCGCCUCAUCGUGCUCGUGGGACCUUCUGGUGUUGGAGUAAAUGAACUGAGAAGACAACUUAUUGAACUUAAUCCUAACCGCUUUCAAAGUGCCGUGCCACAUACUACUCGUUCCAAAAAGAGUUAUGAAAUGGAUGGUCGUGAGUAUCACUAUGUGUCAAAGGAAACAUUUGAAAGCCUCAUGUACAGUCACAGGAUGCUGGAGUAUGGGGAGUACAGAGGCCACUUGUAUGGCACCAGUGUGGAUGCUGUUCAGGCAGUCCUUGAUGAUGGGAAGAUCUGUGUUUUGGACCUAGAGCCUCAGGGUAUUCAAGUGGCUCGAACCCAAGAACUGAAGCCCUAUGUCAUAUUUAUAAAGCCAUCUAACAUGAGUUGUAUGAAGCGAUCUCGGAAAAAUGCCAAGAUUAUUACAGACUACUUUGUGGACAUGAAGUUCAAGGAUGAAGAUCUACAAGAGAUGGAGGAUUUAGCCCAAAAAAUGGAGACUCAGUUUGGCCAGUUUUUUGAUCACGUGAUUGUGAACGACAAGUUGCAAGAUGCAUGUGCCCAGUUGCUGUCCGCAGUUCAGAAGGCUCAGGAGGAGUCUCAGUGGGUACCAGCAACAUGGGUUUCCUCUGAGACGGAAUCUUAA